AUGAUUUCGUCAACGUUUGCCCCGACCCUGUCGCGGAGGGAUACGGCCAAGCCUAGUGGAGGUUAUGACGGUACACAUAGCAGCAUUCCUCCGGUUUCCAGUGGUGGGGGGCCAUUUGGACCCCAAAGUGCGAGUGCCAUCUAUCAACAGAUUCAUGACAUGGCCGCGAAACGAAUCUCGACCCUGGAUUAUUUGAGAAAGGCUCUCGAAGGCCGCGCCUAUUGGUUCAAUACCGUCCACUUCUCCCGGGCAGAUAUCAGUCGACUGCCAUAUUUCGAAGCCCGCAAGCUUUCCCGACGAGCAGUCAAUUAUCUCCUUUUAGGCCUAUCACUACCAUCGAUUCUCGAUGUCAAUUCAACCCCGUUCGAGUACCUAAGAACCCUCAAUGCCCUGCUACUCGAGUUCGAGACUUUUCAGCAAGUGCACCCACCCGAUGGCAGCUCUUCGUCUAGUCUUGCGCGAGCACGUAUUCCCCAGAUGUUCAAGCGCGCAGCACACGCCGGCACGAAGACCCGACGCGCUAGCUCUGCCACGGAGAUCGGCCUACCGAUGCAGUCAAGUGACCCGACGGAUUUGAAAAGCACAGCAGGCAAUAUAACUUCGCCGUCCACAGCGGCUGCCUCGGUGAUUUCAUUCCCUCUCACUGAGUCUUCGGAUCUCUUACCCGGCGAAGAAUAUACCUAUCUUCUCACACCAUCGUUACCCUUCGAACCGGACUUUUUUGAAACGUUUGCAACCCUCUGUGAUGUCCUGAUCGAUUGUUACAGCCGAAUCACAACCCUCGUAUCGGCACCCUCAGUCUGCACGGUAGCCCUGGGAGAGACUUUCUCUAAAGCAGAUGCCAAACUACGAAAGAUUAUGGUCGCAGGUGCGGUUCGGGAGUUUGAAGAUGCCAGUCGGACUGGCGUCAAAAAUGAGGUUUCUGGUGUCAGCCGCGUCGUGCUCGGCGGAUUGUUAGGCUAA